ACAUUUUCUUAUUGUCUUUUCAAAUAAUACUUCAGCAUCCAUAAAAUUAUUAUGUUUUGUGCUCACAAUUAUGUAAACUGAGCUUGAUUAACAAUCCUCCGAAACAAUAAAUAUUUUAGAAAACAAACGGCAUGGCGUUUUACGGGUAAACAAGCAAAGAUCAGAUAAGAGUGGGAAAAACAGAGCAUCAUCAUUUUCCAAUUCAUCUAUUUUCUCUGCGCAAGCGCGCGAACCAGUAAGAACCCUCAGAAAAAUCACAGCGACUCACUCCGUUCUAAUCUUAAAACCCUUAUUCCCUAAAAAAAAAAAAAGGCCAUGAGAACAACCACUCUGCUUCUCUCUCCUCCACCUUUCUCUUCCAAACCUCUCACACCCACCACCGUCACCACCUCAUCCCAACCCUUCUUUCACUCUCCCUCUCCACUCGCCUUUCCUUCCCUAAACCUCAAACCCUUUUCCUUAACCCCAUUACCAAACAGCCCCUUCGUUGUACGCGCCGACGACGGCGACGCCGAUGGCGCAGGUCCCGAUGACUACGACAUGGACGACGAGGAGCUCGAGGAGGUCGACAACAAGAAGGAUUUCGAUAUCGAGUACGACACCUUAGUCUCUGCCUCAUCUUCGGCUUCCGGAAGCGGCGACGGCGAGGACGACAUUGCCAUUGUGCAGAGCAAGAGCUUCGUGUCCACACGUGGCUGGGACUCCGAGACGGUUGUCGAUUAUAGGAUUAACGAGGAUGAGUUCCAUAAGAUCAGCUUGCUCGACUGUGAUUUUUUCAUCAGAAAACCACCCGACCCGGAUAACGAUGUCUAUGAUUUCAGGGAGAUGUAUGUUACUCCUCCGGACACAGAUGUAUAUGCGAUUCCAAAGGUUCUUGCUCCAAUGCCUCAGAAGUAUAUACGCUGUGCCAAGAGUGAUUUCGGAAUCUACAAUGUCACAGAACCACCUAUUGAUGCACCAAGAGGUCCAAUGUACAAGACCGAUAGGGAGAUACAGAAGGUUUUCUUGACGAAGCACUACAGAAAUCGAAGAUUGGGUGACCCAGAAUUCAUAUUGGAUUUUGAGGAGAUUUAUGUAAUAGAUUCCAAAACAAAGUCAAUUACUAGAGCGAAAGUUCUGGUCACAGUUCCAGAAGGAAGAAAUAGGGAUAGGAAAAAGGACCUUCUUGUAAUACGUGACAAUGGGAACUCCUUCAAAAUUAUUCCUGUGAGUGAAAGAGAGGAUCCCUCCACCGUAAUAGAGAAGGAAGAAUGGGCAAAGACUAGACAGGAUAUGGAGAGACAUCUUAGAAAGCUACGGGACUUUCCCGUUUCAAAUUGGUUUUAAUCUUUCAGCUGAGUUUAAAGUUUGCACUUAGAAGAUAAAUUUGCAAGAAAAGUUUGUUGUUGAGGUGAGCAUGCUCUGACGUAUCAAAAUUAUUCAUCAUGUUGCUGGCAACAAGGUCUAACCUUAGAAUGAUGAGAGCUGGUUCUUAAUGUAUAGAAGCUUCUUGGUAUAAAAAAUUUAAGAACUUCUAUCAGCUUCAAAUUUAUUGGCAUAGAGGUUGGUAGACCUUGUAUUUUCUCCAUUACUGUGUAUUAUUCAUCAGUCUAUAUCAGGAUUUGCCUCUUGCUCUUCUUUCAUCUAUAA